AUGUGCAAUUGCUGCAUCGCACCAUCCGUGGUUCAAACUCACAUCCUUCCUCUGUGCCUCCUCAAUGCUGUCUUCGGCUUAGCUCUCCUCAUUGCAGGAAUCGUCACGGUGUCCACCCUCAAGAUCCCUGACGACAGGUGUUAUAUCUACAAAUCUCCCACGGACCCUUCCUCUGAUUACAGCGCUGAUUACGCUGAUUUUCUUAGUAUCUUUACACCUAAAACCGAAUACCAACAAUGUAAAGACAACCGCAGAGCAACAAUUCACUUUCUUGAACUUCUCUCUGCCUGUGGAUUCUUUCCUGCUAUUUUCCCCAUCGUUUCCGGUAUCGUUGGUGCGUUCGUCGAGAAAACAAAGAAAACAGCAGGAACGGGAGGUCUGCUUGCGUUGUUCAUUGUGGGGACUAUCUUGGCCCUCAACGGAGGGAGUUUGUCUUCAGAUGACAAGCUAGAAGCGACCCAAUUCUGUGGUUAG